GUCUUCUCGUCAACGCGGAACAAACGGCCAUUCAAGGGGAACAAAGGGCCAUAGACCUCAAAUAUGGAAACAGUCUGAUCUUCAAAGUCCAUCGAGCCGCAACGAUGUCGAAGCGCCCCUCCUACGCUCCUCCUCCUCCCCCCGCCCCAACAACACAAAUGCCUUCCACCCCAGGGUUUGUGGGCUACAACCCUUACAGCCAUCUGGCCUACAACAACCUCCGGCUGGGAGGGAGCUCCGGAGGCUCCAGCAGGAACUCCUCGGGCAUCACCGUCCCGAAGCCUCCCAAACCUCCAGACAAGCCUCUGAUGCCUUACAUGCGGUACAGCCGGAAGGUAAGCAGGAAGGUAUGGGACCAAGUGAAGGCUUCAAACCCGGACCUGAAGCUGUGGGAGAUCGGGAAGAUCAUCGGGGGGAUGUGGAGGGACCUGACGGAUGAAGAGAAGCAGGACUACCUGAACGAGUAUGAAGCUGAGAAGAUUGAGUACAACGACUCUUUGAAAGCCUACCACAACUCUCCAGCCUACCUGGCCUACGUCAAUGCCAAGAACCGAGCCGAGGCUGCAAUGGAGGAGGAGAGCCGGCAGAGACAAAGCCGGAUGGACAAAGGAGAGCCGUACAUGAGCAUUCAGCCUGCUGAAGACCCUGAUGACUACGAUGACGGUUUCUCCGUGAAGCACACAGCAGCCGCUCGUUUCCAGAGGAACCACCGUCUCAUCAGCGACAUCCUCAGUGAAAUCGUCGUGCCCGACGUCCGCUCCGUGGUGACCACGGCCCGCAUGCAGGUCCUGAAGAGGCAGGUCCAGUCUCUCAUGGUGCACCAGAGGAAGCUGGAAGCAGAACUUCUGCAGAUUGAGGAUCGCCAUCAGGAAAAGAAAAGACGCUUUCUGGAGACGACCGACUCCUUCAACACUGAGCUGAAACGGCUGUGCAGUCAGAAGGUGGAGGUGGACAUGGAGAAGCUGGCAGCAGAGAUGGCUGCCGCGGAGGAGGCGGCAAGACGGCGGGCGGAGGAGAGGGAGCGCGAAGCGGCCGAGCAGGCGGAGAAAGCUGCACAACAGCAGCAGGAGGCUGCAGAGCCGAGCAAUGCUAACGCUAGCAGCACCGUUAACACCACCUCAGGGACCAAAGAGGAGGAGAAGCCCACACCGAUGGAGACAGAUGAGGUAACCCCCACGGACCCCCCCUCUGACCACCAAGCUGCUCCAACUCCUCCAUCUGACGCUCCGUCUUCUGGCUCUGAUAAAGCCGUUCUUCCCUCUGAGCCCCCCAGGGAGAGCAGCACUCCUGUCAGCAGCACCCCCAGUGAUGACAGCAGCAGCAUGCCCCCCCCAGCAGACGGCAUCCCCGAAGCGGUGGCAGCAGCAGCAGCCUCGGAGCCCCCAGCAGGACAGGACGCUACUCCUGCAGCUUCAGCCCCCCCUCCUGCUUCAGAAGAACCGGCCCCUCCAACACCACUAUUGGCCCCCACCCAGAGCAGCCAGCAGUAUGAUCUGUAGUAGACAUUCGACUUGUAGCUCUAGAAGUGACACCUCCCCGGCUCAGAUGGCCCCCCCUGGAGGCUGAUUUACAGCAAACUGCAUGAAGCAUCAACAUGAACGGAGCUCCACGUUUCCCUGGAAACCACCUCAUCUUCUAGUUUGUCUCAUACACAGCUCACCUGUCCUCCGUGGUUUAGAGAUCCAGCAGAUCUAUCAGCCCAUCGGUUCAGGCUCUCGAAGCGUAAACGAAGCUUCGUUCUUAGACUAAAUCACUUUUAACCUGAGCUGCAGCUUCACAAAACUUCAGAUCCUGAAUCUGUGGGUGAAGUGACUUUCUUUCAGUAGAGCCCCCCCAUGAUGAUCAUAUUAAAGUCAGGAAGAGUCCAACCUUUUUUUAAGACGUUCCUUUCAUUAGCAUAUUCCUGCUGUCACCACAAGCAUUUACCUUCCCAGAGAAGCAAACCGACAACCUCUCUUAUGCAUUCAAAGGACUGUUUUCUUACUUGAACGGACGGUUUAGUGAUCUGCCUGUUUUCUUUUGUACUGUUUGAACUUAUCUAUCCCAAUAAAAAUGGUUUCUCCUCC